GGAAGGGGGGGGGGCGUCCUGUCUUUACGUUCGUUUAAUUUCGACUUUUCGUGUGUGUGGGCGCGCCGGAGGUCCGGGGCCCUUCACUCCAUAAUGACCGUCCAGAUUGUGGGGCUCUGGCUUGCGGCGUUGGCGUCCCUGGUUUGUUCCACCGUGCCUCCUGGCGGCGUGAACGACCACCACGUGGUCAUCGCGCCGCAGUCGCCGGUGGUGGAGAUCGGCACCAACUUCAGCGCCACUUGCGUGCUGGUCGACGCCAGCGGCGCCACAGCCGACGACCUGUACUGGAUGUCAGCGGAGACGGUGGUGCCCGCGGAGUUCUACACCCGGCUCAACGCGUCGGCCAUCAACGUCACCAUCGCCGUCACCGGGGAGACACCUCAGUGGCUAAUGUGCAGGUGCCGGAGGCGGAUGCCGGCGCUGGCGGCGGCAGACGGCUGGAAGUUUGUCCACGGGAUCCUGAUCCAGAAGGGCUAUCCUCCCGAGAAACCAACGAAUCUCUCCUGCAUGGCUGUUCAAGCCGACGGGGGUGUGAUCUCCCCCGUGUUGACCUGCACCUGGGACCCGGGGACACGCCAGAACAUGGAGAUAAUCACCAAUUACACACUGUUCGCCCGCUUCACCCACAGUGGCGAGAUCCGAAAGAACAGGAUAGAGGGGAACAACAGCGGCCAGGUGGCGUUCAGCAUCUUCCCACACCACUUUGAGGUUGACGUCUGGGUGGAGGCGGUGAACCAGCUGGGCAGAGUGGAGUCGGAGCAUCUGGAGGCAGACGCCGACCGGUUCGUGAAAACGAAGCCACCGCCAGACGUGCGUGUCCUUUCUGAGCGGCGCUUCCCCACCUCGCUGCUGGUGAACUGGACGCAGCCCAUCGCCAGGGAGUAUGUCCGGCUUGUCUACCAGAUCCGUUUCUGCCGGAAUGGCUCACCGGUAUGGUCCAACGUGCCGCCCGCUGACACCGCCAAGGACAUCCAGUCGUUCCGGCUGCAAUAUCUGCAGCCUGAUGCACUGUAUGAUGCCCAGGUGCGCUGUAAGCACGCCACCAAUGGCUACGGCUACUGGAGCGCCUGGAGUGCCAACGCCACGGCGAGAACGCCAGAGGAAAAGCCCACAAGCAAACCGGACCUGUGGCGGACUGUCGCUCAGAGUGACGCAAGUAGGAAACGCAGGGUCAAGAUCAUUUGCAAGGAUCCCGUAUUAUCCAAUGGGAAGAUCAGAAGCUUUGACUUCUGGGUUCGGAACACCACGGAGACCAUUGCAGUCAAUGGCUCCGAUUCUGGUGACGACAGGAAGAUCGUCACCCUCCACCAGUUUGACCUGCCGGACAGGGAGGCAGUGUACGUCGAGGUUGUCGCCCGCAAUUCUGUGGGGAAGUCACCAAAGGCAGCGUUGGUCAUCCCGAAAUUGGCGGACGAACUUCCUCCUGUGGAGGGGCUGAUGUGGUUCACCGACGCUGGUCGGCUUUGGGUGGAAUGGCGACCGCCCAACCUGACGGCGGCAGGGCGGGCCCCCCCAAGGUACGACGUGACGGAGUAUGUGGUGGAGUGGGUGUCAGUCAGCAAAUCCCAGAUCGACUGGCAGCGGGAGUUGCGGAACGCCACCAGAGCUGCCAUCAGAGGAAACCUUGAAAAGUUCCAGCGCUACAACAUCUCGGUGUACCCGCUCUAUGGCAGGUGGGCUGGUGCGCCGUCAACCAUCGCGGCGUUCCUGCAGCAAGAAGUUCCGCUCGAGGGCCCGUCUGUGCGGCUCCACGGCAGGCCGGCAUACGAUGAGGCGCUGCUGGAAUGGAACGAGAUUCCCGAGAAGAAGAAGCGCGGCUUCAUUACUGGUUACACUGUGUACUACUCCGCUGGUGGCGAAGUGCACGGGAUCCCAGUGUCAGCCGACACCCAUUCACACCUGCUGAGGCCGCUCUCCAGCAACACAAAGUAUGUGGCAUGGAUCGGAGCAUCAACAGCCCGUGGCUCAGUCAAUGGAACCGGGCACACGUUCAGCACCCUGAAGUAUGCCACGGGGCAGAUCGAGGGCAUCGUGGUUGCGGUGUGCUUCUGCGUCAUUUUCGUCAUCGUGCUGAUCAUGUCCCUCUGCGUCUACAAGAAAGACUUUAUCAAGAAGAACUUCUGGCCGAAGAUUCCGAACCCAGGAAACAGCAGCCUCAGCACCUGGUCGCCUGAUUUCCCGACAAAAGCAGACACACCUGGUGAGAGCAGCCUGGCGGACGUCAGCGUGGUGGAGGUGGAUGCAUUCGAUGUUAAGCCGGCAUUCGAGGACGACAAGGUCAGCCUGCCAUUGAAGAGGGAUAAGUAUCUGUCCGAGGAGCACAGCAGUGGCAUUGGUGGCUCGUCGUGCAUGUCAUCGCCGCGCCAGAGUGUGUCGGACAGUGACGAGGGCGGCGACCUGGCCGACACCACGGCAAGCACCGUACAGUACUCAUCAGUUGUGGCCUCCAGCGGCUACAAGGGACAGAUGCCCAGUUGUGCGGUGCCCCUACCGGCACAACCGCAGCAGCCUGUGUUUGCACGCUCCGAGUCGACACAGCCCCUGCUGGAGUCAGAGGAGAAACCGGAUGCACUUGGCCACGAGGGUGGCAGGAAAUGCAGGCGCCGCCUGUCUGGCGAUGCCCAUGUGGCAGACCCCACGGAUGCCAGUGAAGCUGUCUUGCUCCAGUUCUGGCCCUCGGAAGAGGGCCCCCAGCAUUUUGCGCAAACGGACGACCACCGAGGCCCCGACCGUCGCCUUUGCAGCUACAUGCCUCAGCUGGGCGGCUACAGGCCGCAGUGAACGAGUUGCCACAGUGACGCACUUCGUGCCUUCCUCACGAAUCACAGAUUUCCCUGAAAGACUUUUUUUUUUCCUAAGGCGUAUCUGUGGGGCUGUAUGUUUUUUCUUUUGUUGUGCGCUGCACGAAACUGUCAGUUAAACAUGCUUUGGCGUGCCGGGUACAGCAAACAGAAUAUAUAUGCUAGCAUAGUGUACCUGACACUAACAGAUCCCGGCUCGGGUCUCUGCAAAUGCAAUGUGAAUGUAAUACUUGUAAACGCACGCGCCGGCCUUUGCUAGGUCACGCAAGCUCAUAAUUAUAAUUAUAGAGGCAUUGCCAGGGCAACACAAGCAUCUACCACUACGUAGAAUGCUAUUAUCAGUAUAUAUAUAUAUAUGUACACACACGCAUAUAUAGCGCACUUUUCCUACUGUUUUAUAUAUAUAUAUAUAACCUUAGCACAAAAAGUAAGGAAAUGUGUGUUUGGUAGCAUGUCUGUGAAUGUUCUCAUUCAUCCAGGUCGUCAUGGUUAUCCAGAGGAGUUGAAUCAGGUGCAACUGGACUUGGUAUAUAUCCGUGAAGACGUUUCGCCUCUCGUCCAAGAGGCUUCCUCAGUUCGUGCCUUUCUGACUAGACCAAGCUAGUCUGAAUGGCUGCUGAUGAGACUCAGAAUUUAUCCUCUAGGAGUUGUUGUCAGAGCUAUAGAUGUCCAUGGCUCUUUGUGUACCGAUGUUAUGGCCGCGCCCGUCGUUGUCAGAGCCAUUGGUUUGCAUUUGUUUAGCAGCGACGGUCAUUGGGGGGGUUGUGUUUGGUAGAUUAUGUCUUUGUUGUAACGAUGCUUCUUGGCAGUAAAUCUUCUAUCAGGCAGCUGAUGGUCAGCACCUGGGGGACCAGAAGCUCAACACAAGAGUCAAUAGCAGCAGCAAAAUAAGCUGCUUGGCAUUGGCAGAGGAGAUCUGGCAAAUGUUUCAUGGGCACAACCCACAUACUCAGCUCUGCUGCUCAUCCCACAGAUGUAUGUUCCUUACACAUGUGGCGCCAUUUAAAAGGCAAAUAAACAGGCUUUCCAACGGUAUAAGAUUUACUGCCAAGAAGCAUUGUUACAACAAAGACAUAAUCCACCAAACACACAUUUCCUGACUUUUUGUGCGUAGUAUAUAUAUAUAUAUAUAUAUAUAUAUAUAUAUAUAUAUGCCCGCUUAGCUAGUUUGAACAAACAGAUGCAAGUAUUCCGUCACAACAUUAACUACAAGCUAGGAAUGAUGUAAAGUGUUUAUUGUGAUUUGUGAAAUAAAGUGUUGUGAAUAACGUUC